CGCUCCGCAGGGCAGACCUGGCUUGGAACUUGAGCGCUAGUUGCGUGUCCGGAGUGGUCGUGGGAACCGCGCUUUUGGCAGCCGCGCGCUUGGUUUUGCUACUUCUUCUUUUGCCCGGUUUUUUUUUGGUGUGUCUCGUCCUCCUUGUCCAGAGCUCGCCUGGGCUGCCAGCAUGGUGAUCGAGGAGGUGGUCCCCUUGGAAAGCUCCGGCCUGGCCCAACUGCUGCGAGACCCGCAAGAGGGCGGCCGGACGCUGGUGCUCGACUGCCGGCCCUUCCUCGCCUACUGCCAGGCGCACCUGCUCGACUCGCGGCCGGUGCACUGGAACGGGCUGCUCCGGCGCCGCUCCCGAGGCCGGAGCGGGGUCAGCCUGGAGUGGCUGGUGCCGGAUCGGGCCCUGCUGGGCCGGCUGCGCAAGGGCGAGCUGGCCCACCUGGUGGUGCUGGAUGAGGCCAGCGGCUCGGCUUUCUUUUUUUGUCUCAUAGGUGGCUUUGAAAACUUCCACGCCAAUUUUCCGGAACUGUGUUCCACGGCGCCCACCCCGAUAACCGCCAGCCCUCCGCCAGUCCUGAGAAGCCCUGAAGAUAACAGCACGGAAGCGAUGACCCCUUUGUAUGACCAGGGCGGCCCGGUGGAGAUCCUCCCCUUCCUCUACCUGGGCAGUUGCUACCAUUCAUCCAACCGAGAGGUGCUGGAGUCGCUGGGGAUCACGGCUGUCCUCAACGUCUCCUCCAGCUGCCCCAACCACUUCGAAGGGCGGUUCUUGUACAAGAGCAUCCCCGUGGAGGACAGCCACAUGGCCGACAUCAGCGUCUGGUUCCAGGAAGCCAUUCAUUUCAUUGAUUCGGUGAAGAGCAGCGAGGGGCGGGUGCUGGUUCACUGCCAAGCCGGCAUCUCCCGCUCGGCCACCAUUUGCCUUGCGUACUUGAUCCAGAGCCGGCGGGUGCGGCUGGAGGAGGCCUUCGACUUCGUCAAGCAGCGCCGGGGGGUCAUCUCGCCCAAUUUCGGCUUCAUGGGGCAGCUGCUGCAGUUCGAAACGGAGGUGCUGUGCCACUAGCCUCACAUGGCCUGCCCCACCGAGCCCCGUGGGAAAGAAGGGAGAAGACCGGCUUCCUUCCAAGGACCUAGAGACUCCCAAGACAAUGGUCUUGUUUUACCUCCCCCAUGGGGUGCAGUAGACUCAGACGAGGCUGCGUUAUUAUUCUUUUUUUUUUUGCACUGAACAGUGACACCAAGGGGACAAAGGAAGCCUUCUGCCAUUGGCUCGAACACUUUCUUCCUUGGUGUUAUUCUGAAAGAGUUCUGUCCUGGUUUGUCUUCUUCUGACUUUAAAAGCAAAGAGAAUAAGCCAGCAGCGAAGAAACACGGAGGGCAGGUCCGGCUGCUUGUUUGCGAGCUUUCCACUCCCUCUAGUGAAUCCUUUUAGGGCCAGAUCUUCCAUGUUCAGACUGAAUGCAUACCUGGGCUGAUGCCCGUUUAAGCUGGUGCUUUUUUAGUGUGUUGUUACAUCAGUGGCGCAGCUGAUCCUUUACAGCUGUUAUCACCUAGAGCCCUGGCUCUCAGCCUUGGGUCUCCAAGUGUUCUUGGACUACAACUUCCAGAAAUCCUGACCAGCACAGCUGGUGGUGAAGGCUUCUGGGAGUUUUAGUCCAAGAACAUCUGAGGAGACCCAAGACUGGGAACCAAUGCGCUAGAGCUCGGAAAAAGUUUCUGCUGGGUUUUACUUGGGGGAGGGGGGAAAUUAUAAUUCCAUGCGGUUUGGGGGAUUUGGGGAGUUCAAAAAAAUGAACUUUCUCAGGCUUGGGUGUGAGCAUAAAACUGUAAAUGAAACCUGUGGGUUUCAGACUCCUGGUGAGCUUGAAUCCACUGAUCGGGAAAGAGGAACUGGUGUUUGUAAUGCAGUUUAUUGGAAAAAGCAAUGAUUUGCUCUAUAGAGUUCAACCCAUGAACUGGAAUAUAAGAUGUGAAGGGCUUGCGGUAAGGUACCCAUCAUUUCUGUACCCCAUCUUUCUGCUCAAAGAGCUUACGAUGGCACACAAGGGCUUUCCCUCAUUUUGUCCCCUAGAGGUCUGUAGGGCAGGCUAAGCAGAGAGUUGCCACCCAAGGCCAGCCUCUCCUUUUCAUGGUCAAGAGGAAGGUUGAGAACCUGAGGUCUUAGCUGUCUGCAUCAAAUGCUCUCUCUCUGACCAUUCAGACCUGUGCUGGGUUGCAGCCUGCCUUAAAGAAGGUUGCAAUAGCGGUAUGUCCCACCAAAGCAAAUUUAUGUUUAGAAACAAAACAAAAAGAGAUGGGUUCCCAAAAUUAUGGUUUGGAUAAAAGAGGGGACCUUGCCUGGUUAAAAGGUGAAUGGAAUCUCUUUUGCAACGGAAAGGAAUUAAUGACCUUAUUGUCUGCUGGCUAAGAAAUCCCAAGCUGUUCCCCCCACCUCUAGUUUUUUUUUGGG